CUGGGCAAGCCCAAAGAGGCGUAGCGCUUGUGGUUGGGACCGUCGGAGUUCGCAAUCGCCCGCCGCUGGGAAAGUGGACAACUUUUGCACAUCUGUUCUAUCACGACUGCCCCGGGGUACGUUUGAACGCUGGAUUCCUCGUCUUGAACCUGCGCUCUCUUCCUCUGAACCAACCUAUCUCUCUUCUUGUCCUAUCAGUCACCGAUCGUCUCCUAUCGAACCGCCGCAAUGGAUGUCCCUGAGCCCGAGCAGACGCCAUUUACCGCAGUGUCCGCGCAGACGUCGAAGCUUGCUAGGCAAUACCAAACCUACCUCGACGCCUCCACGCCAUUCACGACCUACCGCUGGAUAGGCACCGUCGUUCUUCUCCUCGUCUUCUUUCUGAGGAUCGUUCUCGCUCAAGGCUGGUACAUUGUCGCAUACACCCUCGGAAUCUACCUCCUAAACCUCUUCCUCCUCUUCCUCCAACCCAAGUUCGACCCCUCCCUCACACAAGACGAGGGCCUCGAAGACGGCGACGCCGGAGCUCCCAGCCUCCCCACAAAGCAAGACGACGAAUUCCGUCCCUUCAUCCGCCGGCUCCCCGAGUUCAAGUUCUGGCACUCCGCCACCCGCGCCAUCGCCAUUGGCUUCCUGUGCAGCUGGUUCUCCAUCUUUGAUAUCCCCGUCUUCUGGCCCGUUUUGGUCGUUUACUGGAUCAUUCUGUUUGUUCUGACAAUGCGACGACAGAUUCAGCACAUGAUCAAGUACCGCUAUGUGCCUUUCUCCUUCGGAAAGACCAGAUACGGCCGCUCAUAGAUGAGGAUGGGAAUGCGAUUUCCUUUUUUGCUUUCCAUUUCCGCAUCUAGUUUUUUCCACCUUUUUCUCGAUUGUCUGAUGAGAUGACGACAUCUACAUCCUUUACCAGUUUGACAGGAUGUACUCGGGUAUUUUGACGGUUCUUCUCUUGUAAUGGUUCUGCAUGACAUUGCCCCUUGCUUUUGCCUUGCUUUGAUCUGCUGUCGGGCACUUCCGGACGGCGGGGCUGAGCUAGUUUGAUUUGAUGUGGAGGAUGAAGAAGGAAGCGGAGGGAUGUAGCGCAUAAUGCAUUUGUGUACCUUCUUCUCCUUGUUUUCUUGAUGAUGACUUCGUGUUACCCUUAUCUCUUUUCUUUUCCUUUCCUCAAUCAUGCCCCGCUGUACAGAGGGUUCUAUGGCACUGAUUUCCCGGGUCCUGUUUUUUUGGCCCGCCUUUAAUGCUGGGUCGCUGUGCUCUACUAUAUGCCUAUAGGGCUGUGUAUCUUUACGUGCAUGAUGUUGGUAGGCAGGACUAAAUAGACAAAAGUCAAGAGGCAUAGGACAGAUUAGUUGUUGCUCAAAGUAUAGGUCGUCAUUUUGG